AUGGGAGCUGAUGGAGGUUCAAUACCAAAACGAUGUGAAUUGGUAAAAAAUAAAAAAGCUGAUGAAAAGUUUGAUAAAAAUGUUAAAUUAGCAUUAAAAUGGAGGAUAUGUCAACUAACUCAAGAAAAGUUGAGAAAACCUAUUGUAGCUUGUAAAUAUGGCAGAUUGUAUAAUAAAGAUAGUAUUUUGGAAGGAAUAAUUUCUAAAACUUUAUCUAAAACAGCAAUUACAAAACAUAUUAAAAAUAUGAAAGAUAUCAAAGAACUAAAAUUAACGGAUAAUAAAGAAUAUAUAGAUAAUGUUGAUAAGGGAGAUACUUUUAAAGAUCACAAUAAAACACCAUUUAUUUGUCCGGUAACAUUUCUUCCAAUGAAUGGAAUACAUACGUUUUAUGUAAAUUGGAAAUGUGGAUGUGUUUUUUCAGAAAAAGCUCUAAAAGAAGUCAAAACUAAUAAUUGCUACGGGUGUAGUUGUGAAUUAAAUCAAGAUGAUCUUGUAAUGUUGAAUCCAGAUGAAGAAACGGCAAAAAUCUAUGAAAAGAAACUUGAAAAUGAAAGGUUAAUUAAAAAAGAAAACAAAAGAAAGAGAAAUAUUGAUAAAAUAAGUUUGGACCCUUUGGUUCCCGAUGAAUCCCCAAACUCAGGGAAGACAAAAAUUAAAGUUUCAACUGAAUAA